UCAAAAAUCCUCAAGCUCUGAACUCUUUCCUCUCUUUCUCUUCACCUGGUCCAACCCUCUAGUAGCACUGGAUCGAAUUCAACAAAUUCAGCUUGAAUUCGACCUGAUGCUUUAAGUGAAUUUGAUAGGUAACCUUGGGACAUCUCUGAAUCUGCAUUUCUUUGUCCUGUGUUACUUUCUAUCCUCGUUACAGAAUCCCACAAAAAACUAAGAAGUCAUUCUAUCAGGAUUCAUCAUGGACAAGGUGACGAGGCUGGCCUCAGAGAAAGGAGUUGUAAUAUUCAGCAAGAGCUCAUGUUGCCUGUGUUAUGCAGUCAACAUUCUAUUUCACGAGCUUGGGGUGAACCCCAUAGUUCAUGAGAUUGACCAAGACCCUGAAGGCAGGGAAAUGGAGAAAGCUCUCAUGAGGAUGGGGUGUAACGCGCCAGUACCAGCUGUGUUCAUUGGUGGAAAGCUGGUUGGCUCAACCAAUGAAGUCAUGUCCAUGCAUCUAAGUGGACAACUUACCCCUAUGCUGAAGCCUUAUAUCAGGCUUUGUGCUGAAAUAAGUACCCGUGAGGAAGAAUAAAAUUGGCUUAAAUUAGCCAUCUAGUGAGCUGUGUAUUGUGUAGCUUGAGUAGUUUUAUGUCUAGUGUAUAUCUCAGUGUUCUUUAUCCGGAAAAACCAUGUAUGGCAUUUAGGCAGUGAAUUCUUUAUGGUGUAAAAACCAUACACAAAAUCGAAGAGCAUCUUGUUGUUGCUCCGUCUCUGGAUUGCUGCUGAUGGACCUCUCCCUCGUAUCUGAAGCCAGUAUGCUUUCUUUAUUAUGUAAAAACGAAACACAAAAUCGAAGAGAAAUCUUUUUGUUGCUCCAUCUCUGGAUUGCUAUUGAUGGAUCUCUCCCUUAUAUCUGAAGCCAGUAUGCUUUCUUUAUGAUGUAAAAAAGAAACACAAAAUCGAAGAGAAAUCUUGUUGUUGCUCCAUCUCUGGAUUGCUAUUGAUGGAUCUCUCCUUUGUAUCUGAAGCCAGUAUGCUUUCUUUAUGAUGUUAAAACGAAACACAAAAUCGAAGAGAAAUCUUGUUGUUGCUCCAUCUCUGGAUUGCUAUUGAUAGAUCUCUCCCUUGUUUCUGAAGCCAAUAUGCUAUCUUUCAUUUAAAUGUUACAUUCAUAGCCCUCCAUUGAUUCUUUUGCCUUAUCAUGGAUAAAGAAAAGAAUUGCAUUCCUUUUCCUUUUCCUUUUCCUCUAUAAUCUAAUUUACUUUUGUUCUUUUUUUCUGAUGCAGCAUUCGAGUUGUGGUUGAUAUAUCUUCAUCAAAGCUUACAGCUUAAACUUUGUAAAAUCUAAACGAUGUACACCAGAUAAGAUCUUGAUAGCAUCUUCAUGAGUGCCACAGUCUAAAGCAAUUUUUUUUCUUCAAUGCAUGGGCCUACUAGAAAAUAAAGAGAAUGAUUUUCA